AUGGCUGCAGACAUGACAUUUUUAUGGGGUUAUGGGGAAUCCUGUGACAGCCCUGGGUCAGAGCCACCACUGUCUGUAUCAUCCCAAGGAACCCAUCUUGAAAAGGAAGACUGCAACCUUGAGACUUGGCACAAGAACUUUAGAGCAUUCACCUGCUCAGAGAAGUCAGACCCCAUCCAGGAUCUGAGGAAAAUGGCUGAACUGUGCCAUCUGUGGUUGAGGCCGGACCUUCACACCAAAGAACAGAUUCUGGAUAAGCUGGUGAUAGAGCAGUUUAUGAUCUCCAUGCCUCAGGACCUCCAGGUCUUAGUCAAGGAAAGUGGUGUGAAGAGUUGCAAAGACCUGGAGGAUGUGCUAAGAAAUAACAGGAAACCCAAGAAAUGGUCCAUAGUCAGCUUACAUGGACAGGAAUUUCUUGUGCGAAAUUCAGAUGUCCAGAUGGCCGAAGAAAAGGCCAGUGACGUGGAUUAUGUGAGAGACCUCUUCAAAGAUAGCCAGUCCUCUGUGAGCAAGAUACACCCAGAGAAAAGCCAGAAGGACUGCCAAGAGCUGCAGAGUCUGCCAGGGAUCAACAAACUGUCAAGGGUGCAGGGAGAGGAAGUCUUCUUGCCAGAGACCAUUCCGGCAAAAAGUGACCUGGAGGAUCUGAGACCCAGGCAGAACUUGGGGAAAGAUCUGAUAGAAGACAGGAAAGAGACAACAGUACUUCAAUCUCAAGAGCCUCAACUUCCAAAGAAUCCUGCUUCUGCGAGGGCCAAGGAUGGGAAGAAGUCCCAAGAAGAAACUUCCAUUAAAAAUGUGGAUGCCAACAUGCUGUCCACUCAUGUUUUGGAGAGAAACUUUUCGACUCAGAGUAGGAACAGGAGAUUUUCUCAGAGUCUGAGAAGUUCCAAAAGAAUAAAACGAGACGCUAUCUCCAUUUCCCAAGAAAGGCCUCCACAAGGAACCACAUAUUUGGAAAACAAAGAAUUCUCAGGACAAGUUGGGUUAAAUUCAGUUUCUUCGCCAAGCACUAUAGGAGCAACCGGUCAUCCUGUUGGCCAAGGAGCCACUGGACUGCCAUCGUAUGAAUGUAGGAUAUGCAAGAAGAGCUUUCAAUAUCAAUCUCAGUUCAUCCUGCACCAGAGGACACACACAGGAGAGAGACCCUUUAAAUGCAGUUCCUGCGAGAAGGGCUUCAUGCAGCCCUCAGACCUCCGAGUUCACCAGCGAAUCCACACGGGUGAGAAGCCAUAUGAGUGUGAAACCUGCCACAAGAAGUUCGCCCAUGAGUCAACCCUGCAUGGUCACAAGAGGAUCCAUACAAGGGAGAAGCCAUAUGAAUGUAAGGACUGUAAGAAAUUUUUCAGCCACAGAGGGAACCUCAACGUUCACCGACGCAUCCACUCCGGAACAAAACCCUAUAAGUGUGAUGAAUGUAACACUACCUUCCGUCAGCAGGGAACUUUCAAACGACACCUGAAAGUACAUUCAAAAAGGACUUCCAGCGGCCAGACACGAGGUUGGGGCUCCUGUUACUGCCCAGGCAGCCCCAAGUGCCAGCGAAGCAGUGGGGCCUUCUGCUACUGUUACCCCAACUCUGAGACAGAUGAGGAUAAAGAGGGAGAAGACUAGGAGCAGCAGCAACUCAACAGCCCUCGAAGGAAAAGAUUUAGGUACACCCAAAUAUUGUUUCUGAAUGGUGAAAAUAGUGACAUUAAGAUUUAUGCUCUAAAAGAAGAGUGGAACUUACACUAUAUAUUCACACACACCUAUUAUAUUUAUGUCAAUCUGUUCCGUGGUUCUUGGAAGGAAUCCAGCAUAAAUAUUAUUGAACUGGAGACUCCUGAUCAGAGUAUUGAUAGAGAAGCACUUCAGGUUGCAUUUGGGUCACUGUUUUGAAAUAAGGUCUUAAUAAAGCCCAGGAGGAUUAUUGCCAUUUUGGCAGGCGCUCGUGUGCUACAAUUGGAUGGUUUAAUACAGCAGCGUGGUGAGACAGUGAAGGAAGCAAUUAAUGUGAAAACCAUAUGUGAUUACUACACAUCCUCAGGAACCUAUGGAUUAGAUUCUGUAAAGAAAAAAUGCCUCACAAGCUGGCCCGUUAGCUCAUUGAUGACUCACCAGAAUAUUGAACUUCUUGAUGUCAGUAUAAAUGUCAGGAAACGGCUUAUUAGUUCAUCUGACUUACUUGUGGUGCAAGUGGAAACGUAUAUAUGCACAGCUCUAAAAAAGUAGAUGUUCCUUCAACUUGUGCUUUCUCAGAAUGUAUCUUUGAAACAGCUUUUGACAGAAACAGUUGUCUGGUUUUCUAAGUGGAGAAAAGAUUUUGAAGUGGCCGGGUUGAUACCGCGCUCGUUGCAAAGGGGACGUGGUGAACGCUCCAUCACUGCAGAGCCGGGCUACCAGAGGCUGAAGGAGCUGCAGGCUGUCACCGAGUGCCUGGGCUGCACCUCCCCCCGCUGCCAUAGCCUGAUGCCUGAGGAACAAGGGUGA